GCGCUUGGCAGUUCAAAUCUAGCAGGCGAUUAGCACGGCCAUCGUAGCCAGGAUUCUGAGCCCAUUCCACCACGCUCGUGUGUCUGCACGCUGGGAAGCCGAGUUUCGGGUCCGGUUUGGUCCGCUUAGACCCCGCGCUUUUUUAUUCAGAGCGAACGGUGCAACGGAACGGUGGGGUGGUGGGAGAGAAGCAGCCAAUAAGCAAAAAGAAGAAGAAGAAAAAAAACAUCUGCCAGUUAGCCCUGCAACAUCAGAAGGAGCAGAGCACAGGCACACACAGGCGCGCACGUCUGUUAUUUCGAUUGUUCCUUCCCACUCCCAUCCCCGGUUGCCCUUCUGCGAACGGACCUCCGUGACGCUUCCAGCACGGGGGGGAGAAACUCGUGCACUGUGUGUGAUUGGUGUGUGAGUGACUGUGUGUCGGGAAUUUCGUGAGAAAGGGGGCAGCGAGGCGUUCGCCAGCAGCGAUCAACAAAAGAAAAACAAAGUCGACGUGUUUCCAGUGACACCGCACCACGCAGCAAACGUCGCUGAUCCAACGUCAGAUUUCGUCGCCGAGGUCGGUGCUGAUUACGUUCUGCCUCUCCUUCGUCUCGCUGCUAGAGCCGUGUGCAAUAGCCGGAGCUCCCGGAGAAGCGUGCAAUUGUACAAGUGUGUAUGUGAGCUAGCUGUGUCCGGUACCGGGCAAAGACAGGACAGGAGGGCACACGGUACGCAGCGGCUCAACAGAAACAUCUACUGCAAUCCCCCAACAUAUCCGAACACACGACGACUGGCAGCGACGACACGGCAAUCACCAUGAAGCUGGAAUCGCGACCAAUCACGGAGAACCCGAUGCAUAUAAAGCGUGCCUCCACCGAGAAGCUGCGUGAAAUCUUCGGCAAAUAUGCGACCCAACAAAUCAAUGGCGAACCGUACAUGACCAGCGCAGACUUUGUCCGAAGCUUUCUCGGACAAUCGUACAAUGAGGAAUCCAUCAAACUGAUCGCCGGCAUUGCCGACACGAGCAAGGACGGGCUGAUCUCGUUCGCCGAGUUUCAGGCGUUCGAGGGGCUGCUCUGCACCCCGGACGCCCUGUACAAAACCGCGUUCCAGCUGUUCGACCGUAACGGCAACGGCUCGGUCACGUACAGUGAGUUUGUCGAUGUAUUCAAAAAGACAGAUCUGCACGCUAAAAUCCCGUUCAAACUGGACGGCCCUUUCAUACAGCUUUACUUCGGCAAGGACCGCCAGCGGGUGAUCAAUUACGUCGAGUUUAGCCAGUUUUUGCACGACUUCCACGAGGAGUGUGCGAUGGAGGCGUUCCGCCUGAAGGACACCUCCGGCUCCGGGUUUAUCUCGGCGCUCGACUUUCAGGACAUUAUGGUGAACGUGAAGAAGCACCUGCUGACGAGCGAGGUGCGGGAUAAUCUGAUCGCGGUUACCGAGGGGCACCGGGUAAGCUUUCCCUACUUUAUGGCAUUUAACUCGCUGCUCAACAACAUGGAGCUGAUCAAGCGCAUUUACCUGAACGCGACCAGCGGCAACCGGGCGGAACCGAUUACCAAGGACGAGCUGCUGCACUCCGCCCAAACGAUGAGCCAAAUUACGCCGCUCGAGAUCGACAUCCUGUUCCAGCUGACCGGCGUCAUCCAUCAGAGCGGUACAUCCAUUUGGCGGCGGCAUAGCAAAACGAUAGACAAAAAUAGACGGAUCGUGUACAAUGAUCUUAGCAACAUUGCGCCGGAACAUUACAUCAAAAACAUCACCCACCGGCUAGCGGAAAUCAAAGCCGUCGAAUCGCCCGCCGACCGAUCCUUCCUGAUACAGAUGCUCGAGAGCACGUACCGGUUCACGCUGGGAUCCGUCGCCGGCGCGGUCGGUGCUACGGCCGUCUAUCCGAUCGAUCUGGUGAAGACGCGAAUGCAAAACCAGCGUACCGGGUCCUUUAUCGGCGAGGUGGCCUACCGGAACUCGUGGGACUGCUGCAAGAAGGUCAUCCGGCACGAAGGCUUCCUGGGGCUGUACCGUGGGCUGGUGCCGCAGCUGAUGGGCGUCGCGCCCGAGAAAGCGAUCAAGCUGACGGUGAACGAUUUUGUGCGCGACAAGCUGACGGACAAGCAGGGCAACAUUCCGCGCUGGGGCGAGGUGCUUGCCGGCGCUUGUGCUGGUGGAUCGCAGGUCAUUUUCACCAACCCGCUCGAGAUCGUGAAAAUUCGGCUACAGGUGGCGGGCGAGAUUGCGGGCGGUGCGAAGGUCCGCGCGCUCAGCGUGGUCCGCGAGCUCGGCCUGUUCGGGCUGUACAAGGGGGCGCGGGCGUGCCUGCUGCGCGACGUACCAUUUUCCGCCAUCUACUUCCCGAUGUAUGCUCACACGAAGGCGGCGUUCGCGGACGAGGAGGGCUACAACCAUCCGCUGACGCUGCUGGCGGCGGGAGCGAUCGCCGGCAUACCGGCCGCCUCGCUCGUGACGCCGGCGGACGUGAUCAAGACGCGGCUGCAGGUGGUCGCCCGCUCCGGCCAGACAACGUACAGCGGGGUAAUGGAUGCGGCUAGGAAGAUCAUGGCUGAGGAGGGUCCGCGUGCCUUUUGGAAGGGAACAGUCGCCCGCGUGUUCCGUUCGUCGCCCCAGUUCGGCGUCACACUCGUGACGUACGAGCUGCUGCAGCGCAUGCUGUACGUCGACUUUGGCGGUUCGCGACCGGCCGGCUCGGACGUAGCGAAGGCGAAGGUCGACGUGGCACGCGUCAACCCAGACCACAUCGGUGGCUACCAGGCAGCACUGCCCAUGCUGAACGGCAUCGAGACCAAGUUCGGCCUCAGUCUGCCCCGCUUCGGCGCGCCCGCGGCCGUGAAGCGUCAGGCCUCAUGAUAAGGCUCCUCCCUGCUGCCGUCCCGGAUGACUGCCUUUCUCCCCGGGGGGAGACGUGCGAACCGGCGCCGCUCUAGUUACGAUAUCGAACUUCCUAUCACGAGAAAACAAACCAGAACUACAAAUAUAUCUAAUACGACUAUUACGAUUA